GUGGCUAAUAACAACAUUGAUUCUCUCCACAUAACAGUAAAUAUUACUCAGCCUCAACAGACUUCAAAUGAAGCCUCAGAUAUUGUAUCCCCACAGGGCAGUUACUUUUUGUUACAUAUUCUUGUGAGAGUUUCACAAACUAACUCGGCAACGACGACUAUGCUGGCGACGACGACGACUACGCUGGCGACGACGACUACGCUGGUGACGACGACUACGCUGACGACGACGACUACGCUGGUGACGACGACUACGCUGACGACGAGGUUUGACCAUGACUUCAGUAGAAGACAUGAUGAAGAUUAUGGCACUCAAUGGAGGAUUCCUCAGCAAAAAGUGACUUUGUAUGACUUGCAGAAAUGUGCCAUUGAUAUGGCUUUGAAGAAUAAGAGUGGGCAUUUAGAUCUAUUCCUUCGCUUCCUCCUUGGCCUCUCGCUGGAGUCCAUCCAGAAGCUGCUAAUCAGUAUCCAAAGGAGUGUAGAAAGUGGGCAUACCAGUAUUCAGCAGACUGUCAAGUACCUCAAGAGCAAGCUCAGAGAAGAGGAUGACAGAAAGACUCCCUCCUCAGAACGAUGCAUUAACCUCCUUCACUGUCUUCUGGAGCUCAAUGAGCUAAAACCGGAUCUGGGCUCAAAUCGCAUCUGGGCUAAAACCGGAUCUGAACUAAAGCCGGAUCUGGGCUCAAAUCGCAUCUGGGCUCAAAUCGCAUCUGGGCUAAAACCGGAUCUGGGCUCAAAUCGCAUCUGGGCUAAAACCGGAUCUGGGCUAAAUCCGGAUCUGGGCUAAAUCCGGAUCUGAGCUAAAACCGGAUGGGGGGCGCCUUGGGGCUUCAGGGCCUGGCCUGGUACUCCGGCGUGGCGGUUGGCCCGCUCCCCUGGGUGGUUGUGUUCCUGGGCGGCUCAGGGCCCCUCGGCGGGGAUGGGGCCCUGCUGGGUGGUGGGUAGCUCUCGGUCGUAUGAGGCGCUGGGUCUCCGCUGCUGCCUCGUGAUGGGGGGGGCAUCCUGGGGGCGGCUCUGGCUCCUCUGGUUCCCCCGGAUCUGCGCUCCGUGGCUGGGGGGGUGCUGUCCGGAGUCCCCCUCUCCCUUCCGCUGGGGUGGGCAUGCAGGGGUCACUGGGAGAUGCGGCCCAGGGUCUCCACUGCUCCUGGGGGGGCCGCGGCGGGCGGGAUUCCCUGGUCUUUCUCUGCCUUCUUCUGGCCUCCGGGGAGAUGUUGUCGCAGCUUUCUGCCCUCAAUAUUGAGUGCAUCUUGUGACAAAUUUAUACUGUACUGCACUCACAACACACACACACACACACACACCCUCACCCACAUACACAUACACAUACUUCACAGUCAUUUGUGCAGUAUUUGCUGUACGUCUCCGUCACACUUUCUUCUCUUUUCUCAGGAGCAGCAGUUGGUGAACCAUCGCCGAGUCAUUUGUGCUGUGUUUUUUCUGCCCUUUUGUUAUUUCCCUUUUGCCCCCCCCUUUAUCUCUCCUCUCCCUUCUUUACAGAUUCCCCUGGCCUGUCAAGUCUGGCAUGAU